GGCCGAACUUGAAACGCGCGGCUUCGCGGCCUCCUCGCCACGCGGCGCGUCACCCACGUCCGUCUCCGCGCCAAAACGCUGACACACCUGCGUACCUGGACUCGCCGCGGUGCGCCCGCCGAUUCGAAAGUGACUGCUCGCGUAAUCGUUCAACCCUCUCUUCCUCUCGCUCGCUCUUUCUCUCUCUCACGCUCGCUCUCGCCCUCUCGCCGGUGUUGUGCUCGCAGCUGCGGACCAAUUCCGGUGUUUCCCUCCGGUGCAGCAUUUCAUCCGCGCGGAAAUUAUUUCUCGGCCGGAUGCGUAUCGCUCGUGUGCACCACCGGACGACAACCCAUCUAUCCGCGCUGCCGGGCGCUUUGUUCUAUGAACGCUAAUAAAUCGGAUCCGAUUGAAACUUCUUCGAACUGGAAAUACUGGUUUACGUUCCGCGAAGACAUUGGACAGUGUGCAAAUACAGUUCGCCCUGUGAAGCAAGCUGCGGUGCACGGAAUGGACUAACGAAAGGAAGAGUAAUACUAGCUCGGCGCGCGGGCCACGAUUUCGUCGAGCGAUAAAGGGAAGAUUCAUGGAUGAACGCACGAUGGAUACAUGAAUCGAAACCAUCAUGGCCGGAUUCGAAUUGAUCCUCCUGCUGCUGGCAUCAUCGCGCUACCUCGUGCAUCCGAUCGAUGGCGCUGUUCGCGAUGAGAAGCCGGCCGCCGAAGAGGCUCGGAGCCAGAAUAAUGUCCUUUCUUCGGUGGCUGCAUCUGCCAAGGAUGUCCUGGCUCAAACCGGCGGCAGCGCUAUGCUACCUUGCAGAUUCACUGGCCCCGGAAUAGUGACCUGGAUCAGAAGGAAGGACAGGCAGCUGCUGACAAUCGGCAGAACCACCCAUUCCAUCGACACGCGGUUCAUCGUCGUGCCCAACAGUCCGGACUGGACUUUAAUGAUAAAGAACGUGAAGCAAGAGGAUGCUGGGCUGUACGAGUGUCAGAUCCAAACUGAGCCAGUUCAGCAACGAUUCGUUCAGUUAAGAAUCACCGAGGCGUACUCGACGAUCCCAGGCGGGCCAAAUCUGCACGUGAAACAAGGAUCGAGCCUUCGGCUGGAAUGCCAGCUAAUGGCUUCCGCGGAAGCGCCCAGUUACAUUUUUUGGUUCCGACAGGGUCGCAUGAUCAAUUACGACAAUGAGCCGGGAGUCACGGUUGAGCCAACAAAAAACGGCUCCAUUCUGGCUGUUGACAAAGUAAAACUCUCCCACGGUGCCAAUUACACAUGCUUGCCGAGUAACGCCAGGCCUGCCUCCAUUAUGAUCCACGUGAUCGAAGAGGAGGAAAAACCAGCGGCGAUGCACGGCGGCGAUCGGCGGAACGCGACGCGCCGGGCGUCCAUCAACGUCAUGUUGAUUUUUCUGACUUUCCUCGGUGUACAGUGCACAAGCUGCCUCUGCCUGCAGCAUUCCCGCGUCACGUGACCAGCCCAACGUGUCACCAAUGUCGCCGAAUUAGCAUCCACCGGGAACUCGAACAUUUUCCGACGACGUACUCGUUCCGCCGAACGGACGCUUGCCCGUUCAUCACUCCCGUGGGCGCCCUUGAACGGCUAACGUCGAACACCGGAAACGGCGAGCUCCUCGAGUAUUAAAAGUUCGUUUCAAGCAGCGUUCAAUUCGCGCGUCUCGUUCGCAAAUCGCUCGAUCCGACUCGGCGAGUCCGACGCGAACAAUUCCUUGGAAGAAGUUAGUUAAUCAGACACUGGUGAUGUAUCAGCUUGAAAUAGCCGAGGAACGGUGUGCGGCUUCGAACGAAGGCGGAACGCGAUACGGGGGAUCCGUCGCGACCCGAAGUUUCGAAGAAGCUUGAAAUUGCGCCCCGUAUCGCGGAGCUACUUCAAAUUUCGCUAACGAAAGUCUGGCCACGGUGCCAUGCUCGACACUAUCAUUAAGCGAAGACUCCGGGAAGGAUGACAUUUCAGUUCGUUGAUACCGUGUAUGUACAGGUUAACGUCGCGAUAUAUAAUGCAUCUUCCGCGACGUGUUUAAUCCGGAAUUCGCGGUACCGCCAUUAUGCGCUCGGACUUGUUACGCGAAAAUUCAAUACGCCGUUCGUGAAACGCAUUCUCUAUGUAAUUUGAAUCUCAUCUACCUAAACUUCUCUCCGUUAUACAAUUCAAUUCGCUGUGUUCGGUACCACUGUUCCACGAUGUUGUAUUAUAACAUUAUAUAUGCUAUACGUGUCGACAGAAAUCUUAUUCGUUAUAAUUAUGAAUUAAUUUCAUAUGGUACAUCCUUUAUUCCGGGAAGAAGGGCGCUUAAUUAUUUCCUUGAGCAACGACGUCCGACCCAAAAGACCGUCAACGCCUCAAAGAAUAAUUACGUUUCCUCUAAUGACACGCGAGGUGUGACGCGAAAUUGAAUUCGCGAUGCGUUUUCAAUAACAAGCAGCCUUCCGGCGCGAAUGCGACGCGCCGGACGAUUGUGCCCAAUCAAAGGCGACUGCUUUCGGCGCUUUUAGCGCAAGGAACGUUUCAUUGAACCACGGUGUCGUAGAACGUCUUCGUUAAUUAAAAGGAAAACGCGUUUAGUCGACGUGAAUGCGAGGAUGCGCGACAAGUAUCACCGCGCAUUCAAACGAGUGCUCACGAUUUCCGGCGCGUUUCUUCGUUGAAUAGAAAGGUCUGCGCGUAUGCAUAAGGGACGUAGUAUGGGGCGACACGCGUCAUCGAAGAAUCAAAAGGCCGGCUCCGUUUUCGAAUCCGGAUGAAUUUAUUGCGUUGAAAAUGGAUUCCCUCUUCUGCCGCUGGUUUAAGCAGCCGCGAAACAAGCUCUAUAAACUUGAACGCGCGGAAAACGCGUCCCCAUUCAGGCUCGCGGGACCUUGCGUUCGAAUGAAUGGGUAGUCAUGCUGGGCUACAAUUGCCGCGCACACGGCCUAUUCACGUACGUGCACUUCCUCAUAUAAAUACCGUCGACCACCAUUGUCUUAAAUUUCUUUCAAACGCGCCGCAUCAGCCACCGCCCACGCGCUGCCACCGACGAUUUCACCUUUUGUCGCGAACGGACGAUUGUACUACCAACGGAACGCCUGUGUUCGCUUUAAUUAACAUUCUCGUGGCCCGUGCGGACAGUCGCAAUCGGAAACUCCGUGUCGGGCCGCUGCAGUUUGUCCGCCAUCUUGUCGGCCGCGUCUCCCCGCGAUAACUGCCGCUGUAACUCGUGACAGCCAUGUUUUCGGUGAAGCCGCGUGUAUGGCUGACAUAUGGCUAAUAGAAUUUGAGUAUUUUAUUAUGUACUCCCGAUUGUGAACGUUUUACUCGAUCAAUGUUUAAUUGCGAUCCUUCUCUAAUCACCACGAAUCUGAUCAUUUCGGUCAACUCGUUUUUGCGCGACAGAAGUUCGGUACGUUCUCGUCGCGAGUUAUAUUUUUCGGUACGUCGAUAUUGAUUAACGUCAAUAUUCGUGAAUCUGGUGUGAGAGGAUUGAUUUGUUGCUUCUAACGGAAAAUUGAGUGAUCGGAUUUUGAAAUUGUAAAAAGUUACGAGGAAUAGUAUAAAAGAGCGACCCGUGUUGCUUUAGAAUUAACUCAAAUUCUUGCGAUUUUUUUAUUGAAACGUUUGUAAACGAUAGUCAAUUACGUUGGAUUGAUUAUCAACUGUAAUCGUCGAUCGUCCCAUCAUGCACAUUGUUCCGGGAAACCUAAGAAGCGUUUUAUCGAUUUGAGAACACAAUCAAUGUUUCCAGGUAACAUUAAAAUGCUCACUCGAUGUAUUAAUGUGAUCAGUGUAUAUACAUGUAUGUUAAUUACAAAUAAGUAAAUGCAGUGUCUGGUGGUUCUUGUUCGAGAGCGCAGUUUCAGAUGUUUUCAGUCAGAAAAUAACUAAGCGUGCUAUUAAAUCUGUCUGCUUUCGCUAUAAGAAAAUUUCAAUGAAAUUAUGAUUAAAUCAUCUAGUGAAAAUAUCUGCAGCUGUAGUUUUCGAUUAGUGGCACGUGAAUAAAACGACCGACAGCCUCGGAUAUUUUCUAACGGAGGAAAACUGAAGUCAGACUCCCGAUCAAAAAUAACCAGACGAAACUGCAUACUGUACCGAGAACGUUACUUCCACGAGGCACAAAGAUUUUAUCAUAUCCUUUUACACAGAACGAAAUGCUGCACACUUUAGCCGGCGAGCGCACGCGUUUCAACCGCUUGGGCCGAUCACGUAAUUUUUUCUUAACGAGAACUUCGUGGAAGAAGCGACGGGUACCAUUGAACAUUUACCGAAUCGAUGUGCUCACUAUCUAUAGAGUCGUAGAAACUUCCUAGCCGCAGUUCAACAUUUCGAGAAUCGUAUCAAUUGACGUUCGUAGCAUUGUAUUGUUUUCCAUUGACCGUCUGAACGGCGUCGAACGAUUUACGAUUUCUUUGGCGUCAGCUUUCGAAGAAUAUGUGAAUUUUAAGAGUACAGUUUGAAACCUAGAUUAAUAAGUCACGUUUUCAUCUUCACGAUACUACGAU